ACAUCUGUGGUGGACCCUUUUUCUUCUUCCCUGUCUCUUCUGCUUUUUUAACUCCUCCCCUUCUUCCAUCCCUCUCCACCCCUUCCCUUUGAAAAGGAUACGUUAAUGCCUCCAAGCCCACCUUCAAACAGGAAAUUAUCGAGCCUGCCCCAAUCUCGCAACUCUUUGGUCGAACGAUGUUCAUCUUUUCGCAAAUGUGAACCAUGCAAACGCAGAAAUCGCAUCUGUAAUGGCCAGAGACCAUGUAGCCAUUGCACAGAUUCCAAUAUGGAUUGCAUCUACAGUGUUGUUUCCGAACAUCCUAGAAGUGUUUUCACAACGAGCUCUGCGAGGCGCCUUAGUUCGGGUUCGGCUUGCGAAACUUGUCGGCGGAGAAAGACAAAAUGUGAUGGCGGGUCUCCGUGUGGAUUUUGUCUUGCAAAUGGUCACGAGUGCGUGAAUAACUCUGAACGACGACGACGCUCUAUGGGUCCCCCUACUGUUACGGCACCUAAUGAAACAGAAGCUAUGGAUCGAAUUGAAGAUCGGUUACGUCGCAUUGAAAAACUAAUGACCGCUUUUACGCCGAGUCCACUGUCACAAAGUUCAUCCACCGUUCAAUACAGUGAAGAGGCGACUGCUGCUGCCAAUAUGCAACAACCGGUUAGGCAGCAUCGGCAUUCGGUACAAGGCAUAUCAGUGGCGAAAGAGCAAGCGGAAUUGCGCGCUGCUUAUGAGAGUAUGAAAGGACGAUCUUCCAGUACUUCAUCACCACGAAGACAAACAAUACAAACAGACACCUUACCUACAUCUUUGUCGGCAAGAUAUGUGUCACCACCUAAUAGUACCGCCAGUGGUAACACUCCACCGUCCGGUAAUACAGCGUUUUCUCCGCCACCGUUGACACGCUUGAUGAUCUCAGCCUCUCAGAGCUCUAAUUUGCCCAAAUCAUCCAAAACUGAGCCGUCUUCACCACCACGAUCAGGAAUAUCAUAUCUUAUGCAAGAAAGCAAGAAUUCAAUAGACAAGGAAGAAUCGCUUCCACCACAUCAACUUCAUCAACAUCAUCAUUCCCUUUUAACCCCAACCACACCUCCACCUUCUAACCCAUCCUCAGUGGACCUCAAAACAAACUUUUUACCUCGACCCAAUUCCCCACUUGCAUCCAACAAUGCUGCUUAUGGCUAUGCAAGCAAUGAUAUGGAUUGGCAAGCAACUGUGAAUGGCAUGCCAAGUCUCAUGGAUCAAUUGUCAAGGCGAACUUUUGGUCAGACCAUGAAUUAUGCGCCAAACAACUUUCCUAUCUAUCCACUUACUCCUCCUCCAAGUCUCUCAAGAACUCAUUCACCUAACAGCACAUCUGGGGGCGAAAUGGCUCGUACUAUGGAAUGAAAAAAAAAGUCUAUUGUGUCUGUUCUCUCAUGCCCGUGUGUAUGUAUGUUAUUCGGAGCCUCGUGGUUUCUUUUUUAAUGCGCAAGGAACAAAAAAAAAAUGAGGGCAAGCAGCUGAUAUCUGCAGCUCAUUUUUGUCUUUUUUGGGCUUCUGCUUUGAGGGCCAUUUCAGAGAAGGGUGAGGGCUAUAGCCUGGCCUUCAAUACCCCCCAUGUUACUCACUCAAGCGCCAACGUCGU